UCCACUCUUUCACUCCCUCCCCGACUUCUCCAAAACAUUGUUGUUUGUCUACCACCUGUGCGCGUCCUUCCGCCUGGUCCAUAUCCUAUCUCACUCCCAGAAUGAACAAGUUUCGUUUUGGCGACUCCGACGAGUCGGCCUCCGAUCUCGACGACGAUACCUCCGGCCUGCCAUUCCCCGAACCUCUGUCCCGCGCCUCCUUUCUGGCGCCGGAUUUCGACCCCGCCGCCUACCUCUCCUCCUUGACCAACCGCCACCAGAGUCUGGAAGACUUGCGACAAGAACUACGAGACCUCGACCAAUUGCUCAGCCGGGAGCUGCUCGACCUGGUCAACGAGAACUACCAGGAUUUCCUGUCGCUGGGGAUCGCACUGCAAGGUGGCGAGGAGAAGGUCGAGCAGGUGCGCGUCGGGCUCUUGGCCUUCCAGCGCGAUGUGCGGGCGAUCCGCGACAAGGUGGAGGCCCGGCAGGCGGAGGUCGAAGGGCUGCUGAAAGAGAAGAAGCGGCUAAAGGGUGAGGUCAACGUGGGACGCGCGUUGCUGGACUACGUCGAUCGCAUCGAGGAGCUGGAGAGGAAACUCAUGAUCGGAGACGCCGCUCGCCCACCGCGCGCCGAGCCCUCCGCUCCCGAGGGCGAGUCGGACUCGGACCUGCUGGACAGCGCCAGCGAGGACAGCGAGGAGGACGAGGAGGAACUGGCCAAAGGGGCUUCGGCAACCCCGCUCGUGUCGCUGAAAACGCUCGAGCACCAUAUCCAGAAAUAUCUCUACCUGACGCGGCUGGCGGCCCGCAUUGGCGAGGAACAUCCCUUCAUCCAAGGCCAGCGGACCCGGGUCUCGAAGAUUCGAUCGGCGCUGCUCCUGGAUCUGAAAACGGCCCUGGACCAGGCCAGCCGUGCGGGUGACAAGCGGGACAAGAGAACGAUGGCGAUCUUACGCCUCUACAAGAUCAUGGGUGAGGACGCCACAGCGGUGUCUGCACUGAAGAACAUGAAAUCCUAGAUCCUUUCUCCUCAUAACAAGAGUGAAAGCCACUCGUGCAUAGCGUCGGCGUUUUGGGGAAAGUCUUAUGCCUUUGAAUAUAUAUGUCAAACAAUACCAUUAUACACCGUGUCCUGCCUAAUGAAACAU